AUGGAAUUGGGUUUCUGGAGUUUGGUUUUCACAGCUUCAAUUGGUGGGUUUGGUGCUUUGCUUUUGAUCCUAAGGAGAGCAAAUGAGUGGUAUUUUGUGAGCAGAUUGGGAGAAAGGCAGAAGACUCUGCCUCCAGGUGACAUGGGCUGGCCUUUCCUUGGCAACACCUUGUCUUUCCUCAAGGCUUUAAAAUCUGAUGAUCCUGAUUCUUUCAUCUCCAACUAUGUCAAAAGGUAUGGCAGCACAGGAAUUUACAAGGCCUAUUUGUUUGGAAAGCCAACCAUAAUUGCUACAGCACCUGAAACAUGUAGGCAGGUCUUGAUGGAUAGUUUACAAUUUAAGACUGGUUGGCCAAAAUCAACUUCCGAUUUAAUGGGAAGGAAAUCAUUUAUGAGUCUUUCUGAAGGGGAACACAAACGCCUUCGCAGGCUGACCGCAGCCCCGAUCAGCGGUCACAAGGCAUUGGCUAUGUACCAUGAGUACAUUAAGGAUGCCAUAGUAAGUUCAUUGGAUGAAUUGGCCAAAGCAGAGAGGCCUAUUGAGUUCUUGACUGAGAUUAGGAAGAUUACUUUUAAAAUAAUCAUGUUUAUUUUCCUGAGCUGUGAGACUGGUCCAAUGAUGGAGACCAUGGAGAAAGAAUAUGCUAUUCUCAAUCAUGGACUAAGAGCCAUGGCCAUAAACCUUCCCGGCUUUGCUUUUCAUAAAGCGCUCAAGGCUAGGAAAAAGAUGGCUAUGAUUAUUCAAGGUGUUGUAGAUGGAAGAAGGGCUAGAAAAGCAAAUAAUCUAUCACGGGAAAGGACAGAUUUGAUGGAUUUGUUAAUGGAAGUUGAAGAUGAGAAUGGUAAAACAUUAGAUGAUGAGGAGAUAAUAGACAUAAUUCUCAUGUACUUGAAUGCUGGAUAUGAAUCUACAGCCCAUGCCACUUUGUGGUCUACUCUCUUCUUAAACGAACAUCCAGAAUACUACCAAAAAGCCAAGGCAGAGCAAGUGGAGAUUCUUAAAAGGGAAUCAUCACCGGAAGAGGGAUUGAACUUUAAAGGAACUAAACAGAUGGAAUAUCUAUCUAAGGUAAUCGACGAAACACUGCGCAUGGUUAACGUCUCAUUGUAUGGCUAUCGGGAGGCUGCAACUGAUGCGAACGUCGCUGGUAAAUUUCUCUACUUCCUCCUUUUCUUGUUUCAUCUGUUUCUUGUACAGAAGAAAACUUACUACAACAUGCUGUGCCUCCAAGGUUACACAAUACCAAAGGGCUGGAAAGUAAUGAUGUGGUACAGAGGUGUUCAUUUGAACCCAGAAUAUUAUCCGGAUCCAAAGGAGUUUAAUCCCUCGAGAUGGAAUGAAAAUAAAGCCAAGGCAGGGACUUUCAUUCCCUUUGGAAUAGGAAGUAGGCAAUGCCCUGGAAGUGAUUUGACCAAGCUUGAAAUUUCUAUAUUUCUUCACUAUUUUCUCCUUUAUUAUGAGUGA